AGAUGGCAAUAUUAUUUGUUAUUAUGUGGGGUGUUAUUGUUAGUUUCAUUUUCGAGGCAGUUUAAGUGUUCCAAUGCGUAUAUUUGCGUAGACUGGCUAUAAGUUGAAUGUUGGUGUGAAAGCAGAAAGUAUUAGACUUAUAUUUUCGAUGAUAUGGUUCUCGUAAAGGGAAUUUCUUUUUAAUGCAUCACUGUCUUUGAAGAUGUGAAGAGACUGAAAUGUUAUUUAGAUGAAAUUGAUAAUAUAUUAAUGGAAAUGAAUAGCAAAUCGUUCCGAAAUAUUCCUGGCUCUAAGCAUCGUUCUUCUUCUACUGCUCUUAUAUCUUUACACUUCAACAAGGCAGAUGAAGAGCAAUUAGAAAUUAAUUAUGGGGAGAAGAGUCCUACUCCUGGACAGAAAGAAACUAAAAAUGACACUUUUUCAGAAACGUCAUCCACCUCUGGCACUAAAUUAUCUGAUUUUGAUGUAAAUUUUGUUGAUGAUGAUGAGGAAACUGCAUCCAGAUCUUCCGUGGAAUCCAUGUCUGAUUCCAAGAGUCGGUCUGAAUCAAGGGAAUCAACUCCUGGAAGGGAUUCCGUUGUGAAAGAGUAUUGGUCUCGUAUAAGUAGAAGAGCAUGCAGUUUAGAUUCUGAUCUGGGAUUAGGCGAAAAAGGACAAGAACCAAAUGAAGGUUGGAUGUUUUUCAAAGACAUAAAAGGAAAACUUGCAAAAACAUUAGAAGAACGCAAAGGUAAAGAACACCUAUUAAAAGGUGUUAGUAAAGAUGAUAAAUGGAGUGUUAAGGAAAUUAGUGACAACGAAAACACAUUGGAUACAACUGAGUGUGAAUGUACACCAACUGAUAAUGCUGAAGAAAAUAAAAAAUACUUAAAAUUAAGUCCAGCAAUAGAAGCUUCAGAAAUUGGGAAUGAGCACUCUUUCUUUGAGAGCUACAUAAAUGAUGAACUGGAAAAAGCUAAAUGUGAAAUAGUGGGUAUUAAAAAAGAAGACUUAGCACCAAAUACUCAAAUUCUGUCACAACUAAAAAAAUCUCCCAAAAAAAUGAAAGAUCAAAAAGAUACACAUAAGAAAGAAUUUAGUAUGACUCUUUCAUCACUUAUGAGUAAUAGACAUCCAAGCACAGAAACAACUACUGAAGAAAUAGAAAACACUGUAGAUGCUAGCACACUGUGUGCAGAUAAUAUAGGAGUUUCUGGCAAAAAUGUUGAGAUGCAGGAAAAGAGUAUUUUUUUUAACAUUUUAUCACAAGUUAAAAAAUGUGUGUCUUUUAUAAGAUCAUCUUGGAGUAGUGUGACAUUUCGUAUACUUAUUGUAAUAUUUGCAUGUGUAGUUUCUCCUUUCCCUUCCUGGAUCUCGGGGUUUUUAAUUGGAAGUAUUUUGUCCGGCUUUAGUGUAUACUGGUUGUUUAAGCCAGGAAGGCCAAAAGACCCUUUUUUUCUUCCCAGUUAUAGCCAAAUUCUGUCCAAUAUUCCUAUUACUGAAGUAACAGAUGAACCUAUAAUUUACAAAGGAUGGAUGAAUCAGCUACCAUAUGAUAUAAACUACAAUCCAGAUACUUAUCAUGUAAAUUGUACUCGUUCCCUUUAUGUUCGUCUUGAUGGAUCUUAUUUGCGAAUUUCUUUUCCUCAAAGCAACAUUCCAAAGAGAGCUAUGUUUAAUGAACCUCACCAUGACAAGCAGUUCAUACAUCAACAACAUUAUGAUAUAACUGGUGCUUCUGUUGAGUUGUUACCAAAAGGACUUGCAAGGAAGAGACUUUGGAGUAAGAAAUAUCCCAUAUGCUUGAGAAUACCCAAUCCUAAACAAGCAGUUCUGUCAAAUGUGGCAAAAGAUAUAACAGAUGACAGUGUUUCUGCAAAAUCAGGAAACCGGAAAGAAAAUCCUCAAAAAAAAUUUGUUCCUCGCAUCAACGAAAACAACGAAGUAGUUAUGUAUCUAUUUGCACGUACUGAUAGAGACAAAGACUUGUGGUAUAACAGAUUUAAAAUGGCAUCAAAAAUAAAAAUGCUGAAAUCACAUUCUCCGUCUUCAUCACCAAAUAUUGCUGCAUUGGAUUCUUCUAGUUUGGAAAGUAAGAGAACUAUAUCCAUUGAUUUAGCUUCUCUUCAGUUAUGUUCUAAUUAUGACUCAACUGAUACUGAUAAUAAGGAAGAAAGUGAUGAAAUUGAUAGUUUUACAGAUAUAAGUAUGACAAAACAACAGAAAUUUGAGUUAUAUAUGUCACAUCUACUGGCCCCAAUGCACGUUGAUCAUUCUCUUAUAUUCCCAUCUUUAACAAAAGAUAAAAAGGAAAUCAGUGAUAGCAGAUUGUCAAAAUCUAAUUCAUUAGCUCAAGGAAGUUUGAUGUGGUUAAAUGUUCUUAUAGGACGUAUUUUCUAUGAUUUUCUUACUGAAGAUAUAUGGGCCCGAGUUGUCACUGAAAGAAUCCAAAGAAAAUUAAGUAAAAUAAAAUUACCUGUUUUUUUAAAUGAACUCACUGUGAAAGACAUAAAUUUAGGAACAGCACUACCAAAAAUACAUCGAGCAUCUGAACCAUCUGUUGACCAAAGAGGAUUAUGGAUUGAUAUAGAUAUAUCUUACAAUGGAUCUUUUCAGAUGACGCUAGAAACAAAAUUAAAUCUCUUAAGACAUAAAGCAGAUGGUGAUGAUCUCUCUCUGUCUGAUAUGGAUAAAGACAGUGAAACUUCUGAACAGCCUGUAAGGUCUCCUGUAUAUAAUAGUGAAGAAGAAGAUAGUGCAGAAUCUUCCAGUGAUGAAGAUUUACCAAUGCCUGAAGUUCAAGAUGGAAAUGCCGAAGACAGUACUUCACAAGCUGCAGGAGGAAGCACUGGCAAAAAAUUAUUACGAUUUGUAGACAGACUUGCUCAGUCAACAUAUUUUCAGCAAGCUGCUAAGAACAAAUACAUAAAAAAAGCAAUGGAAGAUAUAUCAAACACCCCAUUAGUAUUAACAGUGGAAGUUCAAUGGUUAACUGGAACAUUAGCUCUUAAUAUACCCCCAAUGCCCAGCGACAGAUUAUGGUAUGGUUUCCGUACAAAUCCAUAUUUAUCUAUUGUGGCCCGUCCAAAGCUUGGCCAGCAUGUUGUAACUUUUACUCAUGUUACUGACUGGAUAGAAAGGAAAUUGGUUUCUGAAUUUCAGAAAGUUCUUGUUAUGCCUAAUAUGGAUGAUCUUAUAAUACCAAUAAUGCAAAUGGAUCCAGACUUACCUAAAGCAUGAGAACAAGCCAUUAUUCAUGUAUAAAGUACUUUCUAGUCUGUACAUUUCAAUUACAAAAGUGUUUUGUUUACAUUUUUUAACAGAAAUGUUUUUUUGCAAGCAGAAUGCCUCUUGCAUAGUUUAUAUAAACACUGACAUAGCUAUUAUAAUUAAACGUGAUUACUUCAUUGUUCUCUAUGACAGAAGUAUAUUUGUUAUAGAUUGAUAUAAGCUGAUUUUUAUUCUAAAUUGCAUAUUUGUAUUAUAAACUUUGAUACUCAAUACAAAUCUACAUUUCAUAAUGUAUAUAUAACGCCAAUUAACAAUGAGCUUAGUGUGAUAUUUUUCUUUCAGUAUUUCAAAUAUUAAUUUUCAAGAUUUAUAAACCUUCUUGAACCUUUUAAAAUGUAUUCCAUUCUUGCAUUAUAUAAGGAUUCAAAUUGCUGAAAUAAAAUGCAUUUCACAAAUUAAGGAACAUGUCAGUUUAAAAACCAGCACCUUGAACCACUGCCUUCAGGAAAUUUUGAUUUUAAAUCAUGUGUAUUGUAAUUCAGUAUUUUUAAAAAGGAAAUUAUUUAAAGCACUGUUCUUUAUGAAAUCAAAUAUAUCACGUAUUAAUAUGGCUGCUGAAUAUUACUAUUGCUUUUAUUUUUCAGGAAAAAAAUUUCAAAAUCAUAUCUAACGAUAAAUUAAAAUGCUUCGUAAAAAUAUUAAAUUUUGUUUAAUAUAAAUAAUGAGACUAAAAAGAACAUUAUAUAUCAUUAAAAAAUAGAAUUUGCAUACAUUUUUACUAGAUCAUGCAGUACAUCACAGCUACGGAAAUGAGAUCUUCAGUUUUACAGUUUUGAUGUAUAUUGUAUGAUAUUAAUAAAGUCGCUGCAAGCCCAUCCCCACGAAAAAAAUUUAUCCAUAUGUAAAAGCUGAAGAAAAAAGUAUAAAAUAAAUUUUAAUUAUUGAAUUUGUAAUGAAUAAUCAUAUUAUGUCUGUGCACUCAACUGUUUUCACUUGUCAGAAUUAUUUAUCUUAAUGUGUAUAAAUAAGAGUGGAAUUAUUUUUAGCUUAUUUAUAAUUGUUUAAAAUUAAAUUUAAAAGCAUUUGUCAGAAUUAUCUGAUUUAAUAAUAAAAUUAGUGCUGGAUAGUUGUGCAAAUGUCACUGUUCUCAUCUUUGCAUUUGUGCAUAUUUGAUCUGUAUACAAUGUUUAAUUGGCUUUGAAUUAUUAAAACAUUUCUCAGAGAUAAUAAAGGCUUAUACAUUUUUCUUAAAUCUAACUGAGGCAGUGAGAGAUAAUUGUAACUUGGGGGGGGGGGCCUUUUAGUUCCACCCUUAAGAAAUUAAGAUGUCGAGUUAACAUUUGAAAAGUUGAGAAAUUCUAAAAUGUUACUAAAUUAUCUUGUGAAGGACUACUUCUCAUUAGUUCUUUGAAACCUUAAAAAUGUACGAUAUUUUUUUUUUUCAUUGAAUUUAUUGAAAUACAGGAAGAUUUUACCUGUUUCAGUUCUUCACUUUUUUUUUUUUUUUCAGAUUAAACAUAAUAAGCAGUUUUCUAAAGAUUUUUUAAAAAUUCAAAUAAUAUAAAAAAAGAUGCCAGUAAGUUGAUUUAAUAAACUUUUACUCCUGCAAUUCAGCAUUUGUUGCAAUGAUAUAUUUUCUGUAAGGAAAUAGUAAGCAUUACUUCACAGUAUAAUUAUAUUUUUUUAGAUUUAAAACUGUUUCUUUCAUCUGCUAGCUUAAACAUCUAUGCCCCCUCCCCCCAUCAAAAAAAAUAUGUCUUUCUUUUUAUUCUGUAGAAUUCUCAUUUGAAAAAAAGGUGGGAUUCUUUGCAAAGUAUAAAUGUUUUAUUAAAAAUCUGCAAUUCUACAAAAGUGCUUCUUUGUUUAAUAAGGAGAAAAAUUGAAAGGCAAGUUGCUAUCUUUUUGCAGUAUUAACUUAAAGCAUUUGAAAAAAAUUGAUAUACUACACAAAAUUUUCAUGUUGAAAAAUAUACAUAUUUUAACAUCAUACAUGAAAUAUAAGUGUUCCAUUUUUAUUAUAUGUUUGUAGUUAUAUAAUAUGUGCAAUUAGUGUUGAAUUCUUGAUAAACCAUUAUAAAAUUGUAUAUAGUAAUGCCACCUCAGAUGUUUAAAAAUAUGAGGUUUGAUGAUGUUAUUGAUGUUAAUGAUAAUACCACAUUAGUAAUAUUAAUGAUAACACUACGUUAUCAAUGUUAAUGAAACUGUAAGCACAGCACUAAUGUUAAUUAUAACACAUUUGAUCUGUAAAACAGAUAUAGUCGAUGGCUAAUGUCUGCUGUCCCUUAAUUUAACUUAUCAUUUAAAGAAGAACUUGGAAAUUAUUUAAACUUGGAAAUGAUAAGUUAAUUUAACUUAUCAUUUCCAAGAUUAUCUCUGCAAGCUAAAUCAAAUUUUCUUUUUAUUUUGAAUGUUUAAUAUUAAAAAUAUAUGCAUUGUAGAAGAAAAGAAUUAAGUCCUCUCAUUUGAAAAAAAAGGUGGGAUUUCUGCAUUAUCAUUCUUGAGAUUAGUCUUUAUGAAGGGAUCUUAUACAGUUUGAUCAUGCAUUUAAAAUUUACAGAAUUUAUGUUAAUUAAUGAAGUUAUUGUUCUAACAAAUAAAGAGUUUUCUUGAAUGUAGCAAUAUCUAAAUAUUAAAUUGAAUUUAAAUGCAUUUUAUAUAUGAAGGCAGGCAUUUUAAAUAAUCUUUUUAAUUAAUUUAAUGAAUGCCACUACCUGAAAUACAUUUUGCACAAAUAAGCAGUAUCUUUUCUCUGUGCUUUUUGCAAGCCUUUCUUUUUUUACAUCAUGAAUGUUUAUAAGAAUACUGUUUGUGAUCUUACGCACUAGAUGUAUUGGAUAAGUGUAUUUUCUGUGAUAACUAUUGCCAAAGUACAUCUAUGUGUUAUUGUCUUAGCAUAUUAAAUGUUUUCCACUUUUGGGAAAUUGGUGAAAUGGUUGUAUCAUAACAAUUUGUGUAAUCUAUUGUGUGGUUUGUUUAUUAUUGCCUAGUCAGAUAAUUUUCUUAUGUGUUCUAUAAGAAGUUUUAAGUUUUUUCAGUGAUAGAAUUUUUAUGUGUUAGAAUUAUUUUUCCUUGUUUAGUAUAACUUUUGCAGGGUAUUUAAGAUGUUUGGAAUUUUUUCCCAAUGAAAGCAAUUAUGUGCAAUCGCAUAGUAAAAAUACUGUUAAAUGAUAUGAUCGUGAAUAAAGUGUGAAGAGCUUUAAUCAAAUAUCCUAACUGUAUCUUUCUUGUGAUAUGAAAGUAGUGAAUAUUGUGAUAAGCAAAGCUUUGUUUUGUGAUUCAAAUUUGUUAUUUUUUUUAAUAGUGUACUUAAAAAGAAAGGCUGUCAUACAUAAUGAAACCAGUUCAACAAUAUUAAUAGGAAAUUUUAAAAUAUUAAGAAAAGUUCAUAUGUUAUAAGCAUUCCCCCCAGGAAUGACCAUAAAAAUUUAUUUUGUAUUUUUAAAAUAUUGCAUUUUCAUUUUUGAAAUUAUGUAUAUGAAAUCUUUGAUACAUUUAAUGCAGAAUAUGAUAUUUUUAUUGUUAUAUUUUAUUGUCAGUAAAUAGUUAAUGAAAAUGAAUAUAGAAAUGAAGCUUCAAAAUAUUCAUGGGUUUUUUUUCUGCACAGAUUGUAAAACAACUUAAUAAAGAGUUCAGCUGUAAUUUCCUAGAAUUCAAUUUUAAGUAAAUUACCAUAAACCAAGAUUUCACAGCUGUGAAAAGAAAAAAGUGAUUACAAUCUAAAUUAAGUGUAAUAGCCAUUUUCUUUGAAAAGUAAAUUGAUGCUUCAUGAAAAGACUUCAUUAAGCUUUAUAUUUAAAAGUAUACUUAGCAUGUGAUUAUCACACUGAAGAAAGUGAAACUGAACUGGAAAAUGAAGGGAAUGUAAACUUGUUGAAGAAUUAAAUACUGCAUGCAGCUAAAGUUAAGUUAAAAACAAGAUAAAAUAUUUUAUGUUUGCAUGCUGAAACCACAUUUAGACAAAAAUAACAGAGUUUUCACAGACAACCUAUCAGCUUAGUCAGCUGGAACUGAAAUGGAUAGUUUGAUCUAAUGUAUCUUUUUUGGGGAAGGUUCAUUUUUUUCUGCAGGGUUGUUAUACUCAGAAUUGAUGUCUAGGUGUUUGAAAGGUUGAAGGGUAGGUCUAUGUUGCAAUGUGGAUGGGUAGUGAUUUAAGCACUUCUGUAAUUUGAAGACUACUUAAACAUGGUUUCAGCAUGUAAACCUAGAAUAUUUCGUCUUGUUUUUUAAGUAGGAAUGUAACAUUCUGAAAGUGAAUACUAAAAAUAUCUAAAUGAAAAUA